GCUUCGUGCAGCAGAGUCACCUAAAGGCGCUGCGUCCUUAUUUGGGGUCUCCAGAGACAUGGAGAUGUGGCACCCAGGACUGGAGGGGGGAAUAUUAGGGGAGCAUGGCCGGCCUGGCUUCCCAGGGACCUCACCCACAUUCUUUAUUAAUAACCUCUUUUAUUUCUACCGUCCUUGCUCCUGCGCCCAUCCUAGAGGCUGAGCAGCACGGCGUGAUUUAAAAGGGGAGGCAGGCGCGUCCCCUCCCCCACCUAGCAGGUCUGGGCUGGAGGAGGUCCUCAGACCCGGGCCCUGUCCCUCUGGGGGAGGUAACAGGGUGAUGGAAGAGAGUGGAGCAAGGCAGGGCCUCAUCAUUCCGCAGCUCAGAGCCAUCACCAGGCCCCUUGGCCUCUCCCUUCCACUCGCUGUCAGGAGACUGGGGACGAGGGCACAUGCCCUUAGGCCCCCUAGGGAGGAUGUCUGGGUAUCGGAAAGCAGAAAUGCUCAGAGGACAAAGUGUGAGAGGCUCAUCUUUGGCACCCUGUACCCAGCCUAUUCUUCCUACAAGGCCGUGAAGACAAAAAACGUGAAGGAAUAUGUGAAAUGGAUGAUGUACUGGAUCGUCUUUGCCUUCUUCACCACGGCCGAGACGCUCACGGACAUAGUGCUCUCCUGGUUCCCCUUCUACUUUGAACUGAAGAUCGCCUUCGUGAUAUGGCUGCUGUCCCCUUACACCAAGGGCUCCAGCGUGCUCUACCGCAAGUUCGUGCACCCAACGCUGUCCAACAAGGAGAAGGAGAUCGACGAGUACAUCACGCAGGCCCGAGACAAGAGCUAUGAGACCAUGAUGAGGGUGGGCAAGAGGGGCCUGAACCUUGCCGCCAACGCUGCAGUCACAGCUGCCGCCAAGGGGGUGCUGUCAGAGAAGCUCCGCAGCUUCAGCAUGCAGGACCUGACCCUGAUCCGGGACGAGGACGCACUGCCCCUGCAGAGGCCUGACAGCCGCCUCCGACCCGGCCCUGGCAGCCUCCUGGACACCAUCGAGGACUUAGGAGAUGACCCUGCCCUGAGUCUAAGGUCCAGCACAAACCUGGCAGAUUCCCGGACAGAGGCCUCUGAGGAUGACAUGGGAGACAAAGCUCCCAAGAGGGCCAAACCCAUCAAAAAAGCGCCCAAAGCUGAGCCACUGGCUUCCAAGACACUGAAGACCCGGCCCAAGAAGAAGACCUCUGGCGGGGGCGACUCAGCUUGAGCCCCUCCACCCCCGCAGGCUGCAGAGCAAGGAUGAAGCCUCAGGAGGGGCCUCAGACCCAGCUCCCGCUCCACACUGUGCCAGUAGCCUAGGUGUCUCAGGCCCCUGGGCCCCUCAGAUGGCCAUUUCCGGUGCCUGCCCAGUGGCCACUCUUCUAGAGGGGGCUUGGAAAAGAGGAAGGAGGCCCAGCUGUGGGGGUUGAGGGUAGAGGGUGGACCAGAGGCUGAGGACUGAGCCACCCAAGGAGGUGGGGACUGCUCGGCCUUCACCGCUGUUCCGAUGCAGCCCCGCCCUGCCCCGCCCACCCAGUGCCUUGCUGAAGCCCAUAGCCAUCUGCUUCUCAGAGGUCCUUUCGUGUCUCCACUGCUCGCCUUGGUUUGGGAGCUGGAAGGGGGAAGUCCUAGCCCAGAUGGACCAAGGACGGGCCUGAAGGCACAUGGGGGAAAGGGAGCACACGGGGAGGACGUCGGGGACCCUGGGUGGGGCCUCCAGGUGCAGCUGUGGAUGGAAGACAGGGGUUGGCGUGUGCUUCAGCGACCAGGAUGGCCAGGUCAGAGCUGCAGCUGGGGGCUCUUUUCCUGGUCAUUGGGUGGGGCUGAGUGCCACAUGUUCCCACAUUAAAAAGCGGGGGGGUCCAGGGCUGUGUGAGUGUGUCUUUCUGGGUCUAGGGCUCAGGGGAGUUUGGGUCAAGGACUGUCCCUCCAGCAGUCACCUCCUCCCACCCUGAGCCCCACAGUCAUCUGGCCCUUUCCCUGCUCAACCCUCCCUCCUAGGCUGUGAGCCUCAGAGGACCCAGCCCAUGAGAGAACGGGGAUCUGGGAGGCCCCUCACCUGCUCCUAUGACCUUGCUCCCUUUCAGGUCACCCCAUUGCCACCGUGCCCCUGGGCUGGACUCCCGUGCUCCUCAGGGCCCACCCCUGCUCUGGUACAAGCCCCUGCUGAGUGAGCCCCUCUCCUCUGCCCCUGGGGUCCAUCCUCUCUUGCCCAGGGUCCCCAUCCUGUAUCAAGCAGACUGGGCCCUAAGACCCCUGGCAGAACCCAGCCUCCGCUCACACCCACCCCAGCUUCUGCCAUGGCUUCAGUCAGGGCCAGGAGGAACACGUAAAGGAGAAAGAGAAAUGCAGGAGCCGCGGGGCUCCCGGUUCCUUGGG